UAGCAAUGUUUGAUGCUUUUUAUUUCUCGACACAUCACACAUCCAGAAUGAAGGUCAGUUUUGUUCUGUUAGUGGUCAUCUUGACCGUUUGCUCAGCUCUACCGGUCAGCCGUAAAGUUCGCUAUGACAACUACAAGGUAUUUCGCAUUACUCCUCGGACCCAAGAUGAAUUAAAAUGGAUACAAGGUGUGGCCGACAGAUGGGAAACGCUUGAUUUCUGGAAGCGCCCAACGAAAGUUGGACGACCUGUCGAUGUCAUGGUUUCCCCUGCCCAUCAACUGAACUUCGUUAGCUCAGCCAGCCGUCCUGGACUAGAGAUCACAACUUGGAUCUCUAACGUCCAAGAUAUGAUUGACCGAGAGGCCGCUGAGAUGAUCAAUUCUAAGAACGACUUUAAUGCUGCCAACUUCGAUUACAACCAAUACCACACUUAUGAAGAGAUCUUUGCCUGGAUGAAUGACUUCUCUUCCUCUCAUCCUGAUGUCAGUAUGGUUAAGGUCACAACCACGUACGAGGGGGAAGCAGUCUACGGACUCAGGAUCGCCAAGUCACCGUCCGCCACGAACGUAGCCUACAUCCAGGGAGGUAUCCAUGCCAGAGAAUGGGUUAGCCCAGCUACAGUCAUUAAUCUCAUCAAUAUGUUCGUUUUAAACUACGGCAGUGAUGAUACUGUUACCAGCAUGUUAGAUAACUUCGUUUGGAUCAUCGUUCCAGUAUAUAACAUCGAUGGAUAUAAGUUCAGCCAUACUGAUGAUCGUAUGUGGCGCAAGAACCGCAACCCUAACACAGGAGGAUGCGCUGGAGUCGAUCUCAACCGUAAUUAUGACUACGAAUGGGGAGGUGCUAGUCGACAGAGGUGUGCCCAGGACUACCAAGGAACAGAACCGCUGAGUGAACCCGAAAACAUUGGCUCCAAGGCUUUCCUUCAGAGCUUUGGCUCAGACCUCAAGCUUUUCAUUGAUUUCCAUGCCUACGGUCAGUACUGGCUCUACCCUUGGGGCUACACUCGAAGGAACGUCGCUCAUCCAGACAAAGACGAACAGAAAGCACUCGCCACUAAAGUAGAGAAUUCAAUUAGCUCAGUUCAUGGCAAAGAUUAUUUUGUUGGAGAAUCAGGACCUGAUAUGUACCCCGCAACGGGUGGAAGCGAGGACUUUGGCUACGGAUCCCUAGGCGUGAAGUACACCUAUGUGGUGGAGCUUCGUGAUGAGGGUACGUUCGGAUUCCAGCUUCCAGCUUGGCAGAUCCAGCCAACCGCUGAGGAGAUCUACGCUGGUAUGAAGACACUCGGUCAGCAGCUCGUCGCCGAGUACGCAUAGAGACAAACGCAAAUGAACAAAACC